AUGGCUGCAACGCCGAAAUACCUCACCGGCGACAGCGCUGGGAUCAAGGAGUUCAUUGACAAGUUUGACACGUUCUUGUUCGACUGCGAUGGUGUAUUAUGGAAUGGAGACCAUGCGUACGAGGGCGUCCCUGAGACAAUCACCCUUCUCAAGUCAAAAGGCAAGAGAGUUGUCUUUGUAACAAACAAUUCUACAAAGUCACGGGAAGACUAUGUCAAGAAACUCGCCAAGCUAAACAUCCCCUGCGAGGCCGAAGAUGUCUUUGGCUCCUCCUACUCCGCCGCCAUCUACAUCAACCGCAUCCUCAAGCUGCCUCCCGGCAAGAACAAGGUCUUUGCCAUUGGUGAGUCCGGCAUGGAAGUCGAGCUGGCCUCGGAGGGCAUCCCCUUCAUCGGCGGCACGGACGCCAGCUUCAGGCGAGACAUCACGCCGGCGGACUUUGAGAACAUUGCCAACGGCUCGAUGCUGGACCCGGAAGUCGGCGUUGUCCUGUGCGGCCUGGACUUCCACAUCAACUACUUGAAGAUUGCGCUCGGCUUCCACUACGUCCGGAAAGGCGCCGUCUUCCUGGCGACGAAUGCGGAUUCCACGCUGCCCAUGCACCACGAGUUCUUCCUCGGCGCCGGGUCGUGCAUGAUUCCCCUUGCUUACGCUCUUGGCGAGCAGCCUACGGUGCUUGGAAAGCCGAGCCAGGCCAUGAUGGACGCCGUUGAGGGGAAAUUCCAGCUUGAUCGCGCCAAGACGUGCAUGGUGGGAGACAGACUCAACACAGACAUCAAGUUUGGCAUCGAGGGAAAGCUGGGUGGAACAUUGCAUGUGUUGACGGGUGUCCAUCAGAAAAAGGACUGGGAUUGCGAGGACCCUGUUGCCGUGCCUGCUUACUACGCUGAUAAACUGGGCGAUCUCCUUCAGGGUGCAUAG